CACUCUAAUUCGAGAAUCGCGGGAAACAUGGACAGCGAUUUGAAAGCCAAGGUCGAGAGCUGCGCCCGUACGGCGGAUACCUUCACACGCCUGUACUACGCCUCCGUGGACAACCGACGCCAAAUUCCACCUGCAGCAAAUUGGACGCCUCUAUUUGGACAAUGCUACGCUUAGCUGGAAUGGAAACGGGGCCAUCGGCCGCCAGAUGAUCGAGAGCUACUUUCAGGAGCUGCCAUCCUCAAACCACCAGUUGAACACCCUGGACGCGCAGCCUAUUGUGGAUCAGGCUGUGUCCAACCAGCUGGCCUACCUCAUCAUGGCCAGCGGCUCCGUCAAGUUCGCAGAUCAGCAGUUACGCAAAUUUCAGCAGACUUUCAUCGUUACCGCCGAGAAUGAUAAAUGGAAGGUCGUCUCCGAUUGCUACCGAAUGCAGGAGGUCUGAGAUCCACACACUUGUAUUUUAAGCUAAGCUAAAGUUCUUACGUCGUAACGAGUUUAUUAACAUAUCUAAGCUCUUAUAAAUAGAUUGACUUCCUAUUU